AUGAACAUUAGUGAAAAUAUAUCCCGAAAUGCAUAUAAUGAAGAGAUACAACAAGACGAUGACGCAAUAAGUAUACUAUCGGAAGAUGUGGAAAUAAGUAGAAAGGGUGAGUAUGAUAACAAUAACAAUAAGGGUAAUAUCAACAACAACAACAUCAACAGUAAUAAUAAUGGAAAGGCAAUGGACAUAAAUGUACAUAAAAAGGAAAAAGAUCUAAAUAAUAGCAAUGGAGGUGAUAUAGAUUCGAAAAUAGGGUUUGAUAUUAAAAACAUAUUAACACAUGCAUACUUACCUGUAUGUAUAGAAAAAAUGAAGGAAGGAGAAUAUGUUUAUAAAUGGAAUAGCAAUAACAUCUUUCAAAAAAAGUCUCUAAAAUUCUUUUAUUUUGAUGUAAACAAUUAUUGUAUACGAUGGAAUUCUAAAAAAAAAAAACCAAAGGAAAAUAAAAACCCGUCGUUAUAUAUAUGUGAUGUAAUAAAAAUAUUAGAUGGUUCAGAAUCUUCAUUUUUUAAAAAAAAAGAAGAAGAAAAAAAUUUAUCUAUUGAAAUUAUUAGUUCGCAUAGGAAUUUAAGGAUUACAUUUUUGGAUAUACAAAGAUGGAAGAUGUGGCUUUUCGGUUUGAUGUAUUAUCAGUAUAAGUUAUGUAAUAAAGGAUCAGGAAAGAAGAAGAUGAAUCCAUUUAUAUAUGAAAGUAAUAAAUUAUAUGAUAAUUAUAUAAUAUCCGGGCUAAAAGAUAUUAAUGCUUUAACAUUAUCUCAAUUAUAUAUCAUUUUAAGAAGUCUUAAUAUAUAUUUAAAUAUGAAAAUUUUAUAUCAUUAUUUUUCAAUUUAUAAAAAUAAAGGAAUUAUAAAUUACUUAGGAUUUACCAAAAUUUUAGAACAUAUUUUUUCAAACAAUCACAUAUCUAUUCAUUUUAACAUAUAUAAAGAUAAAACCUGUAAUUAUAUAGACAAAAAAAAGUUUAUUGAAUUUUUGAUUGAUAUACAAUGUGAAGGAAAGUAUGAAGAGCGAAUCAUUAAGGAUCAACAAAUGGGUGAAAAUUGUUUUAUUAAAAAUGGAAUAAUAAAGAAUACAAGUAAAAAAGAGUCAUUAGAACCCUUUAUUCCAGAUGCUACCACAACUAGAAGUAAUGGUUUUAAUAGUGGUCCAUUCAAUUCAGCUAGAUGGUUACAUCAGGAAGAUCCAAAUGAAAAGCGGCAGGAUAAAAGCAAACGAAUAAGUGAAAAGGAAAAUGUUUCUGAAUGGUAUGCAGAUGCUUAUAAGGGCAUCCAUAAGUUGGAUCAAAACGAAAUAGAAAAUGCAGUUAGCGGUACAAAUAAAUCAGAGAAAUAUUAUGAAAAAAGAAACAGCAUUGAUAAUGAUAAUUCUAUUAUGCAGUACAAUUUUAGGAAUCAUGAAUGGAAAAAUUUAAUGAUAAAAUUAGAUAAGGACAAUGCAAAUGAAAAUAACAUGCUGUUUAGUGUGAAUGAUAAUAUACCAAGCUCCGUUCUUUUUGCAGAUAACACUACAUGUUAUGAUGAAGAUUAUAAGAUGAUCUUGAAGAUAUUAAGAAGCAAAUUGGGUGAGAAGAAAGAAGGUAGAAUUAACAAAGGUACAAAUGAUUAUUAUAAUGAUAAUAAUGAUCCUAGCAAUUGGAAGGAAGAAAACAUGCAUAGCGAUCAAGAAAAAGUUUAUGCUCAAAAUGAUAAAAGGGAAGAUAUCGAACAGUAUCAGGAGCAAUCAAAUACUGUUUCUAUUAAAGAAAAUAUAGAUGAUAAUUCAUAUUUUAUAAGAGCUAAGGUUAUAUAUAAAUUGGUAAAUACUAUUAAAAAAUAUAAUAUUCCAUUUGUAAUGAUUAGCGAUGAUAGUCAUUAUUUAACUCAAAUAGGAUUAGUUUACUUCUUAUUAUCAAAAGAAAAUAGUAUCAUGUGUCCUGAAUAUUCCAAAGUAUAUCAAAAUAUGAAUUUACCAUUAUGUAACUACUGGAUAAAUAGUAGUCAUAAUAGUUACUUAGGUAGAAAACAAAUAUUUAGCUCUAGUAACAUUGAACAGUACAUAUAUAUUUUAAUAGAUGGUUGUAGAUGUGUAGAAUUUGACUGUUAUUAUUUUAAUAAAAAUAUUGUUGUUUAUCAUGGUUUUUAUGGGUAUAAACUAACUUCCUCUAUUUUAUUUUGUGAUACAUUAAUUGCAUGCAAAAUGUUUGGUUUCACUACUUCUCCUUUUCCCAUUAUUUUGUCCUUAGAAAUUCAUUGUAAAAAUAAGCAUAAAAAUUUAAUUGCAAAAAUAUUAAUAUGUAUUUUACGUAAUCAGUUAUAUAUACCUAAAACAAGUGACGAAAUUAAUAAUAUAACGCCAAAUUAUUGUAAGAAUAAAUUUUUAGUCAAAUAUAAACAUUUUGAUAAUAACGACAAUUCAGCAUUCUACUAUAUAUUCGAAGGUUUGCAGAGUGUUAUGUAUGAUGAGCUGGGAUUUGUAUCCGAUAUUAUUAGUGAUAAAGAUGAAGAUGAUGAGAUGGUAAGGGCCCAAGGAAAGGAAGAUGACGAAGAGGAUGAGCGGCACGACCAUAAUGAAGAAUACGAGAUAGAAAAACAUUUUAACAAUUACAUACAUAAUAGUAUGCAAAAGAGGUAUAAAAAUAACACUAAAAAAAGAAGUACAUAUAAUAAUGUAAGUAGCUUUUGUAAUAAUAAUAGCCAUUUUUCUUUAGAUAAGUAUGAGAAGGACGAUGAUAAUAAUAGCAACUGUGGAAGGAAGAAAAACACAAACGUUUUUAUACACAAAAAUAGACAUCAGAAGAAUGGUGAAUAUAACAAUACGCAUAUAAACACCUGUGAAGAUGUUAAUAAUAGUACUUCUCUUUGCAAUAAUGAGACAAAGGGAGAAAUGUUAAAUGAAGCAGAGGAGGGGAAAAAAUCAGUUCUAAAAAAAUCAGAAAGUGUAAAUAUACGAAAUAAUAAUAUACUAAAUGAAUAUUCUUGCUUAAAAGGAUAUACUUUUCGAAAUUUUUAUGAAAAUAGAACAUACGACGAAAUAUGUUCCAUUAGUGAGAACAAAUUUAUUAAAUUGAUAAAAAAGAAUGAAAGGGAAAUUAUUAGAUACAAUCAAAAAACUUUAACACGUGUAUACCCAUCUGGCACUAGAUUAGCAUCAACGAAUUUUAACCCGCUUAUAUUUUGGAGUGCUGGAAUUCAAUUUGUUGCUUUAAAUUACCAGUAUAAUGGUUUGAGCAUGUUGUUAAAUAAAGGAAGAUUUUUGGAAAAUGGAGGAAAACAUUCUGGAUAUAUAUUGAAACCUGAACUGUUAAGGUUUAAUGAAAAAAAUGACUACAGUACUUUAUACUUAGAUCUACAUAUAUUGUCAUUGCAUCAAAUUAAUUUACUGUUUUCAAUUAAGCAUAAAUAUCAAGAAAAAAAAUUAAAAAAGAAAUUGUUCAAAAUGGAUAUGAUUCAACGUAUUCAAACACACAAAAAAAUUAACAAAAAAAUGAAAAAUUUUAAAGAAUUACAAAAAUUAGAAAAAGAAAAAAAAAAUCUCCUUUUUUCGGACGUACAGUCAGAUGAUAAUAAAAAAAAAAAUAUUAGUCGUGAAAUACUUUUAAAAAAAUUCAAUGAUAAUGAUAAUGAUGUUAAUUAUAUUCACAAUAAAUGUUCAAAUGUUGAAGAAAAGUAUGAAGACAUGUUAACAGAAUACAAAUCCUUCUUAUUAUGCUCAUCCUUAUCACACAGUAGUAGUUUCAAAAGUUGUAGCAGCAAUACAACAACAUCGAAUAAUGCAACUACAGAUUCGAAUAAAAACUCUUCAUCGAAAUCUAAAAGUUUUUAUCAAACGUUUGAGGAACUAAAAAAAGCACAUAAUUUAUUUUUCUAUUUAUAUGUUACAAUAUCAGUACAUGGCUAUAAUGAGCAAAAAUAUUAUUUUAAAACGGAAAUUGCUAAGGUCAAUUUUUAUGACAUAAAUUAUUGUUGGUCAAAGCCAUCCAAUUUUCAGAUAAAAGUAUCAUACCCCUCAUUGGCUCUCAUUGUUUUUGAAUUAAAAGCAUAUGAUACUGUGAAAAGUGAACUGAUUGCUUGCGCGUGCUUUCCAGUUAAAUGUUUGAGAGAAGGUAUCAGAUUUGUUCCACUGUGCGAUAAAUACUUAAAAGACAUAAAAGGAUCAGGAAUUUUAGUUAAUCUAAAAAUUAAUAGCAAUAAUAAUUGA